ACUGAGUACAAGAUGGCCGACGUGCCUUUGACCGUGUCGGUGUCGCUAACGGUAGGCCUGCCGACGCGAAACCAGCGAGACUGUGUUACCCCGCAUCACUGAACGAGUUACGAGCCCCGCCGUGAGACAGAGACGCACCCCGGUCUCGGGGACGCUGCUAAAUGGCUAUCGUGGGAUAAAGGAUACGUGUACUUGGUCCGUGCAGUCUUUGAGAAGUGCGAGGUACGGCCGCCCGAAAAUACGCUCGAAAGGGACGUGACAAACGAUGGAGAAGCGGCAGGAGGUGCUCGCCCCGUUUUCCUCCGACGAGUGUCCGAACAGCGGCGAGGAUAGCGAGGAGGAUGUAAUAACCGAUUACCUUGGCUCAUCGCACUCCGACUGCGAUCGCGUGCUGCCUAUCAUUAAUGGGGAUUUACGCGGCCUGAGUUUGCACGGCGGCAUAAUUACGGAUACCGGCUACAGCACCAAAGACAAUACCGAUAAAGCGCCGAUCACCAUGUCUGAGGGCGGCGAUGAACAACAGCACCACCACCAACAGCAGCAGCAGCAGCAACAGCAGCAGCAACACCCGUUACUCGCACUCGGCACUAAUAUUAUACAAGCCCAGCCUAAUCCUCUAGUGCCCAUCAUUAGCGUUACGCCGCAUUCGCCCGGUGUGGCCAAGAAUUAUCCGGUCCUAGAGGAGAAUUUGCAGCAACUGCACGAAAUACACGAUUGCAUCCAGCGUAUGCGAGAAUUGACAUUAAGAUAUACCUCCAACAACGCUCCACAAAGAUUGUCCUCCUCCUGCCCAUCCCUAUGUCCGCUGACUUCGGCUGAGCUCGCGUCUCGAUCCGGCAAUCAUCAUCAUCACGACACUGGUUCUGAUCCUGAUCUUGUCCUCGGUAAUUGCUCCACAAACAGCUCCCCAACGCAUUUCCCCUCAGCAGGUGGUCAUGUCCGGUCGCAACAGGCGCAAGGUAUAGAUAGAAGACGCAGCUGGACUGGAGAUCUGGGAGAUCUAGAGGAGAACCGACACGGCCGACGCCGAUAUUCCUCCGGACAAAAUCAUCUGCAGGCCCAAAAUAUGCGACAACGCAGCAUUAGUUUAAGUAGCCUAGACAGCGAAAACGAGAUGGAAUUAGAUGGAAAAUCAUGUACCGGACCUGUAGGCGUAAGCAAUCGAGCAUGCAGGUCGCAAACGAGCACGCACUCAUUGAACGAAGCUGAUCUUGUACAGAACGAAUAUCAGAAGAUAGUCACAAAAAGGAGUAGUCAGAGAUUAGCAGAAAGUAGCAGUUUAAUGCCAGGACUGACUUGUUCGCGUUUACCUCUUCAGAAAUCCAUAUCGACGCCCUCGAUUGUUACACCGCAGGUUCACGCGCAUUUAACUGAAACCGGAACUCGGACAACACCUUCACUUGCAGCCCGUCAUGAAAGAAACGAAAAGGGUAGCGGGAGUGAGACAGAAACCGAAGAUCUUCAUACAUCACACAGCCACGAAUUCCAUGAAGAUAGAGAAGGAACUCCGAAUGUCCAGAUAUCCCUUGACGAGCUUUUGACUGAUAGUACUGCAUAUGACGAUCAUCAUUCCGAAAAGACAAGAAGAAAGCGCGGUUCUAUUUUCUUCCGCAAAAAGAAGGAUAAAAGCGGAAAGAAGACUAGUCAACAGCAUCUGUGGGUAACGGUAGGAACUCAGGGAAGCUUAUGUGAUGUUUGUAUGAAACAUUCGACAAAUAAACCUCUCCUUCAUUGCGACAAUUGCGGAACGUCGGUUCAUCAAAGUCAGGGAUGUAAGGAUCAAGUAGUGUUGGAGUGCAUCAAAUCUAAGCAUCACUCUGGCAAAUUUGCAACAAAGUCUUUAUCCAAUGUUUCCAUCUCGAGUAACAGCAGUGUCAACAAACGGGGUUCUACGACGUCGCUACCGCUACCAGCCUCAUCCGGGAGCGGAAGGGAAAUUAACAGCCACAAGAAAACCGUGUCAAGCUACAGCCCUUGGCGGCGAGUCGCCACUAAACUUGGAGUCAAUCAAACGAUAAACGAAGAAAAAGAUGCCGAGAGCGGGCAACAUCGUGAUCUUCUGAGUGGAUGGGAAGAAUUUGACUUUGGGGACGAUGCUCAUCAGUUCACGGUGGCAGAUCUCGAGGAAUUAGAUCCUGAGCUGACAUUGGGAAAGGAGGAGCCCGAUUCUUGGAGCUCCGCGAUCGGACGUAAUAUCGCAUUACGUCUCGUCGAUCAUUGCGACCGCGAAGUGAAGAGACAGGAACAUAUAUACGAAUUCGUGCUCACGGAGAAACAUCAUUGUUUGGUGUUGCUCGCCAUGGAGAAGAUCUUCGCGGAGGGAUUGCGACGACAUUUUCGUCUGGGCCAGCCAGAUCUCAAGCGCAUGUUUCCCCGACUACGGGAUUUGAUCGAUAUCCAUCUGCGGUUUCUGCGGUUGCUGCAAAAACGGCAGAGUGCUAAUCCCGUGGUUUCUACGAUCGCCGACAUUCUAGUUGAGCAAUUCUCGAACGACAAUGCGCAACGCAUGAAAAGUGCGUAUGGAGAAUUUUGCAGUCGUCAUCGGGACGCUGUCGAAGUGUACAAGUAUUACUUGCGUAACGAUCCUCGCUUCGCCCGUUUCGUUCGUCACUGUCAGACGAAUCCUUUGUUGAAAAAGAAAGGUAUACCUGAAUGCAUACUUUUCGUUACUCAACGUUUGACGAAGUAUCCGUUGCUGAUCGAGCCGCUCAUUAAAACUGGUAUUGCACAAGAGGAAAGUGAAGAUUUACGUAAAGCACUGAUCCUUGUUAAAGAGAUUUUAGCUGAUGUAGAUGCUUGUGUAGCCGACAAAGAGCGAGAAGAUAGAAAAUUAGAAAUAUACAAUAAGAUCGACGCGAAGUCAUUCGCGACGUAUCGUGGUACUAAAUUCAAGAAGUCGGAUAUAAUUAAUAGAAUUCUGAAGUUCGAGGGCACUGCAUACUUAAUGCAAGGUCGUGGCAAAAUGACUGCCAUUGUAGUGGUCGUUCUCUCAGACAUAUUGUUUUUCUUGGCUGAGAGAGAUCAGAAAUACGCGUUCUUCGUGCCUGACAAUAAAGCGGGUAUAGUAUCAUUGCAGAAACUGCUGGUUCGCGAGAAGGCUCGUCAAGAAUCUAGCAUUUAUUUAAUAAGCAGUAACCCAGCCGAACCAGAAAUGUUCGAACUAAAGAUUCAGAAGCCAAAGGACAAACAAUUAUGGAUACAGGCUAUUCGGUCGGCGGUCGAGGCUUGCCCACAAGAUCCCGAAAACGAAACCGACACGCUGACUGAAAAUAAUAAUGAAUUGCGAGAUACUCGCGCCUCCUCGAUUUCGCUAGUCUCCAGUGAAGAGAAGCAACGUAUUGCUAAGAUUAAGGAAUCACAUAUACUUAGAAUCGUCGGCGAAUUGCGAAAGAAAGAUGCAGAGCAAGCGCUACUGUUUGAAGAGAAGAUGAACUUGCAAAUGCGACUCUUACAAGCGGCGAAUGUUUGGAGCGGGAACGAAAGCGAUAACGAGAGAAUUGAGAAGCCUGAGAAAGAAGGUGCCGAUUAUACCCGGUUGGUACACAAUGAAGGAACUGAUACUACUCAAUUAUGGCAAGAAGUGGUCGUGGCCGUGCAAGAAGCGACACGUCUCGCUAGCUCGUUGUCGUUCAGCGCGGGCGGCGCUACUCUGUCACGAAGCUUGAGUUCCGCCGGCGAACGCCACAGUGAAGCUUACAUUCCACCAGCUCUUUGCGUUCCUCGAAGGGCCGAAACAUUUGCCGGUUUUGAUCAUAAUAAAGAAAGAUAUCCACGUGAUUCGAACACGACACAUACCGUAAUUCCCGUUCCGAAGCUGUGUGAGUUACCCAAAGAAAAUACCGACGAGAAAGGCGGUCAAGAAUUGGAGACAAACAAGGAUCAGCAAUGGGCGGCAAUACGUUUGUCUCAUCAUGUUUAUACAUUACUCUGUAUAAUAAGUAAUCAAAUGACAACGAUCGAUAGCCUGCAAGCACAAUUGGCUGCUUGUAAAGAGGGCAAACCAUCCAAUAGCCGACCGAAUCCGAAUCGUCAAUUGGAAGAACUUCGGAACUUGCAGGAUCAGCUUUGCCGGGAAAAAGCAGCGUUUCGUGCUGCAUCUCAACAGGAGAAGACUCAGUUGGAGGAGGAACGAACUGAAUUGACGCGACAAAGAGAGCAAUUGGCUGCGGACCAGCGGGAUGUAACGCAACAACGGGAUCAGUUGUAUCGACGACUCGAAGCAUUGGAGCGACAGGGCGUAACGCUGGUCGGAAGUUCCACAACCGGCUCGACAAUGAUUCACCUAUCUCACGUAACGCAAAACGCCGAAAUGCAAAGCGCACGUAAUAAAGCACAACCCGAAGCUAAACGCAUCCCUCUAAAUCUGAUUAGCGCGACGAAUCAGCAGAAAGUACAGAGUAAUUUGCCGGUUAAGCAACAGUUACCACUGAAACUUGCCAGUGGAAGUAACAAUAACACAAGAAGCGGUAGUACUACGAGCAAUAAUAGUCCGGAUCGACACUCCAGGGCAGGCAGCAGUCCUGCGAUCGUCACCGGAUCGUCUGCCUAUUCGUCACCAGAGCUUGGAAACAGCCAUCAUCAUGGAAUUGGCGGAAAUCAUACACAUUUGUCGAAUCGCUCACUUCGCAUUACUCGCUCACCGCCCGACACUCCGUACGUACAUCAGCAGGCACAACAGCAGCAGCAGCAGCAGCAGCGAAGUACGGAGCCGCAAUCGCAACAACAACAGCAGCAGCAGCAGCAACCACCGCCAGAGGAGGAGGUGAUCUUCUUCUGACGAUUCUUUCGAUUCGGUCGCAAACAUUCGUCUCGUUCAUCGCGCGCCAGUGCCGCCACUACCGGCACGACUACACCGACUUUAACACCGGCUCCGUCACCGCGCAAUCAGUCGAGGAGCAGCCAACAGUCUCGCAGCCGCGUUAAAUCUUUCUGAUU